AUGGCUAAUAGUGAAGAAGUUAGUGAUACAAACAAAGAUAGUAAAAUCAAUGUUCCUGAUUCUAAGGACCCUAAACAAGCUAGAGAUGGAAAUAUUUUGUCAGAAAUUAUAAGAAAAACCUUGGAUGUCAAUAAAUAUGCCACGAAGAAAACAAUCGCUCAAGGCCUCCUGGACGUGGCUUUGUUAACUGCAAAUGCGUCACAGUUGAAAUAUAUCCUUCAAGUUGGAGAAAAACAUGAAUUUUAUGCAUUGAUGCUGACUCUCAUAUCAAUAUCGAUAGUACUUCAGAGCCUUAUUUUUACUAAAAAUUUCAUGUUGAUAUCGCUUUUCGUUAUUGACUUUUAUUUUUUUUUUAUUAUUAUUAUUAUUAUUAUUAUUAUUAUUAUUAUUAUUAUUAUUAUUAUUAUUAUUAUUAUUAUUAUUAUUAUAACCCCCUUGAGCCCCAUUUUAUCCAGAUUUUUUUUUUAAAUCAGUAAGCUUUGUCUCCUUAUAGAGCUUGAUUUUUGCCAAAAAUUUCAAAUGGAUAUUAUUGUUCGUUUUUGAGUUAGGAUAUCAUUAAAUAAUUCCCCCUGUAAGUCCCCUUUUUCAUUACACACUUUUUUUCAGGAAAAAAUAGGCCCCUUCUCCGUUUAGAGCUUGAUUUCUAUUAAAAAUGUCAUAUUUAUAUCGCUUCUAUGUUUUUAAUUUCAACACUCCUUAAACCCCCCCCCCCCCCCAUUUUUAAUAAUUUUUUUUUAAGCAAAGCGAUUUCAAGUUAAUAUCAUUUUUCGUUUUUGAGUUUCAACCUCCUGUAAACGACCAUUUUCCCUAAACAUUUUUUUUUUUUUUUAGAAAAAAAUAGCCUUUUUCUCCGUUUAGUGCUUCAUUUUUACUAAAAAUUUCAUAUUUAUAUCUCUUUUAUGUUUCUAUUUUUUUUUUUAAUUUCAACAUCCCUCAAACCCCCCUAUUUUUAAUCAUUUUUUUUUUUUCAAAAGCAAAGAGUUUUUCAUUUUAUAGAGGUUGAUUGUUGCUAACGAUUUCAAGUUAAUAUCCGUUAAUAUCCGUUUUUGAAUUAAUUUUUUUUUUAAUUUUAACCCCCUUAACCCUCAAAUUUAAUUAGAUUUUUUCAAAAUCAGUAGGCUUCAUCCCCUUAUAGAGCUAGAUUUCUGCUAAAAAUUUCAAAUUGAUUUUAUUUUCGUUUUUGAGUUAUUAUAUUUUUAAAUAUUUCAACCCCCCUCAACCCCCAUUUUUAUUUAAAUUUUUACAAAAUCAGUAGGCUUUGUUUUCUUAUAGAGCUUGAUUUUUCGUGAAAUUUUAUGACUUUUGAAUUAUCGUGCGGAGAAAAAACGUGACAUCGGACGGACGGACAAAGUAAACCUAAUACUCUUCACAUGCUAAUGUGUGAUUUGUGUGAAGAAUAUAAUGUUUCAAAGAUUCCUGAAAGUUUUAGCCUUGUAAAAACAAGUUAAUUUAAUUUUUAAUUAAAUUUUUGACAUAUUCAAAAAUUCAACUGGUAUUAAAUUAAAAAUCUAUAAAUUUUCAGCAUACAAUUUAACACAUUACUACUUUAGCUCGUAGACUUAAACCUUAUAAACCCCAUGUGUCCCAGACUGGCUCACAUUAUAGGUUUAUUGCAGACCUAUUUGAUAACAUAAAGGUACGUUUACAUCUGACAUUUAUUGCAUGAUAUUUAUGUCUGACAGUUGUUUAGUCCAGUGUAAACACUCAAAAAUAUAUGUCCGAGAGAAAUUUUUGUGUGUUUACACUCUACUAAACAACUGUCAGACAUAAAUCUCAUGCAAUAAAUGUCAGAUGUAAAUGUACCUUUAGGCAUGCAGAUUCUACGUUUUUUUAUGGUAAAUAAGAGAACUCAGGACGGUAAAUAUAAAUCUAUCUUAGUUCAGUAAACCUAUGUGAUUCAAAUUUUGGAGGUUAGAGGCUUUGUUUACGGCAUUGCUUUUAUGACCAUUAUGUGUUUUUUUGUUGCCUACACAUCUAUUACUAAGAAAUAUAAUAAACCUUCACACGCUGAAAGAGAAAGAUGGGGUUUCUGUUAUUUUAAAAAUUUUGAAACCGUUUGUAAUCGUCCCUAUGUUUUAUUAAAUUUUGACUGCACCCGAAGAUGGAAAAUUUUUCUUAAACACAUGUAGUGCUGUGCUAAACGAUUGAAAAUAAAAACAUGACCGAAUAAAUCAAGGAAAUUUUUAUUUGUAUAAUAAAAUAAAUUAAUCAUACGACCAUAAUAUCUAAUAUUCGUUGUAAUAAUAUUAUUUGAGCAUUAUCAUGUAUGUGACACAAUCUAGUACAUAUGGUCUCGACUAGAAGCAAUCAGGAAAAAUUUUAUGUAAUAGACCAUGUUUACCUGAUGUCUACACAGGUUUUUUUUUGUUUAAAAUGUCAGAAAAUCAAGACGCCAUAUGGUUAACAAAACUAACAUAGUUUUGAUUUCAAUAUUAGAUAAAAAAUUUAGUCUCAAAUGAAAAGAAUGUUUUUAUAUCGUGGGGGCUUAAUGUGCUAAUUUACCGGAAAAACGAUAGGACAAAAUGUGAAUAUUGUUAGAAUAAAACUAAACAUAUAUAGUUAAAUAAGAAAUAAAAACGGAUAAAGGUACAGAGAUUCGAUUGCACAAUCACUUGCUUCAGUUACUUUCAGUUGCUAACGACUUAUCCAUUAGACCACAUUCGCUCGAUGCUUUUAAAUGCGAAACUUGUAUAAUAUGUAUAAUAUAUUAUUUUAUUGUAUCAUUUGACAGCGAACUAAUCAAACGCAAUUUUCUAGGACUCGUUCGCUCUGACACACAUGGAUUUUUCAAAGACCUACUUCCGAAACCUUUAUGUAGAUUACUCAUUAUUUAAUUCUUAAAGAAAACUGACAUACAUAUAAUUGUAAUUUGUUAUUAUAGUAUGUUCCAAGAAGAAAAGUACUGCUUUGUUACAGUGGUAUGAGCGAAAGUGUCGUCAUAAUUUGCGCCAUUUUGAAAAUGUGAUAAUCAAUGGCGUAAUGAUUUAAUUUUUGUAGAUUAACAAAAUGUUAUUUUGUAAAAUAGUUUUUUUAUAUAUUUGAUAAAUAUAUAUAGAAAGCUUGAAAUCUGAAUAUAUACUUACAGGUGUUUGUCAAGAUGUUUCAUUACAGAAAUAAUUGUCAAAUUCAAAUUAUUAGGUACUUAUCAACUUUAGUAUUCAUAAUUCAUAAUCCAUAUAUUAACAUUUUUGGAAUAUCCUCGGUAAACUAGUUUCAAUAAAGAAUCAUAUCUACUUAGGCCUUAGUAUGUGAAGUAAUUCAUUGAUUUUGAAUUCAAAAUAAAUUAAAAAUUUCAUUUUUUUUACUAUGAACAUCUCUUACAUCAAAACCGUUAAAAAUUGAACAUUAAUCACCAUCAAAAUCACCAAUAAUUUUAUUAUUAAAUUGAGAACAAAGCUAUUAUUUUUUAACUAAUACCAAUAAAUCUAUAAAAACAAACUCGCAUUAAUUAGUUGAUCAUCCUGUAUAUUAAAGUAUAAAUUCUUAUGUAUAGAUCGAUCUAACUAAA